UAGGCGGCGUGUGCGCGCCGGGUGUGGACACCUUUUGCAGUGCGGACCCGGGAAAAACCGGGUGCGCAGCUUUGUGUAUAAAUAGUGGCUGCGCCGUUAUCAACAGCUUCUGUUCACUUCUGACCAGGAAGAGUCUGCAAGAGGAAAACCCAAAGACAAGAUCAAGAGAAGAAGGGAAGAUUAUCUGGAGAAAACGUACUCCAACCGGACAAUAGCUUUUGCGCAUUCCCUCUUACGGAUAAUACAACAACAAAUACUGCGAACAUGCCUGUCUCCAGGAUGAGGAUGAGGCCGUGGCUGGAGAAGAUGAUCGAGUCCAACACCGUCUCGGGGCUGAAUUGGGUUGACAAGGACCAGAAAAUGUUCUGCAUUCCCUGGAAACAUGCGGCUCUGCACGGCUGGGAGAUGGACAAGGACGCCUCUCUGUUCAAAAUGUGGGCCAUCCACACCGGGAAGUACACUAAUGGCCAGAACACCGACCCAAAGACGUGGAAAGCCAACUUCCGCAACGCGAUGAACUCGCUGCCUGACAUUGAGGAGGUGAAAGACAAGAGCAUCCACAAGGGCCAACAAGCCGUGCGCGUCUUCAAGAUGCUGCCUGUCACCCCAAAGUCUGGAGAUAAACAUAGAAAAUCAAAGGACAAAAAGCCGAGGAGGAAGAUGGUCAAGAUAGAGGAAGACACAAACUACAGCGAUACUCAGUCGCCCGUGGAUGUGUCAAUGAUGGAAGAGUCCACCCAGGAGAACACGGUCGACAGUACGGUGCAGACAGAGCAUCAAGUUUGUGGAUUGGAACUUUCGGCCCCCGACUGGGCUUUAUCACUCGAGGUCGAGACAGAGACCUUUUCAAGCAACUUUUGCCAGAGUUUUCAAGUUUCACCCGACCACAGCCCCGAUUACAGCUAUUCCCAGGACAUUAUUGAGAUUUGCAAGCAACUGGGGAGAGACUCACACUUUUUGCCGAGCAGUUUAGACAUCAUGGGGUUCCUGAACAAUGAAGUAUGCAAUUAGCUUGCAUCCAGCCAAACAUCCAACAGACGAACCAACCAUCUAACCAACCAAACGUCCAACCAGCCAAACAUCCAACCAACGAACCAACCAUCUAACCAACCAAACGUCCAACCAGCCAAACAUCCAACCAA